GUUAAACCUUUUAAUCUGGAAGAAAUUUGUAAAAAUCGAAAACGAAAAGGAAAUUAUUUGGUAGCAAGACUUCAUGAAUCAUUAGAAAUGAUUGAAAAAGAUAUCAAGGAAAUACAAGGAAAAAUCUUUAAAAAUUGGUUGAGUUGGGAAGAUAUUUCUGAAUAUUUGAUGCUUGAAAAGCCAGAUUUUUAUAAUCAAUUUAUAUCUCCUAUUUUGCCAGAUUGGGUUUUGAAUGUUGAAGGAGAAUAUCAAACUCUUGUCAAUGAUAAACGUAAAAAGAAUUUAUCUGUAUUCGAUCAAUGGGUACAAGGUGAAGAUCUUAGAAUAAUUAGUACGAGAAAAGAAGAAUCAUCAAAUCCAAUAAAAAAGGGUAAUAGAAGGAAGCAAAAUCAACAUCAAAAUACAUUUGGUCUAUUAGAGGAACAGAAUGAUUAUGAAACAUUAGAAUGGAUCAACACUUACAAGAUACCGAACGGAAACCGUUCUUUAAAUGAACUAUUAAACACAUAUUCUGUUUGGCAUUUGUCUAAAGCAGAAAGAUGUAUACUUCAUGAUCAUUGGAAAACAAAAAUUCUUGAUGAACUCACAGAAA